UCCAAAUGGUUUUGGUUCGGUGGGAGGAAUGGAAGCAGCCCGUUUUCUUAAAAGAUCUGGAUUAAGCGAUGUAAUUUUAUCAAAAAUAUGGGAUUUAUCUGAUCCAGAUGGAAGAGGCUCUUUAGACAAAGCAGGCAUGUUUGUUGCUUUAAAAUUAGUUGCUCUAGUGCAAGAUGGAAAAGAUUUAAAUAUUUCAAAUGUAACUAUGGAUGUUCCUCCACCUAAAAUGGGUGAUAUAUCCUUACCUAAACCUACAAAACCACCACCUAAAAAUAGUCCUUUAAUAACUUCUUUACCUCCAUCUGCUGUUGACUGGACUAUUAAAUCAGCAGAAAAGGAAAAAUAUGAUAAGUUAUUUGAUUCAUUACAACCUUUAAAUGGUCUAAUUCCUGGUAAUAAGGUAAAAAAUGUUCUAAUGGAGUCAAAAUUGCCAUUUGAAACACUAGGAAAAAUAUGGGAUUUAUCUGAUCAGGAUAAAGAUGGAAUGCUAAAUAGACAUGAAUUUGUAGUUGUAAGUUUCUAAUUUUAUAGCGUGUAAUUAAAAAUGCUUAAUAAAUUUAGUGGUAGAUUCUAAAUUUGCAAAAAAUGUUCGUAUAAACAUAUAUCUAGAAACGUUUCAUU